AGGCAGGUCACUUUUGUUGGUGUAGCGAAGUGUCCUCCAGCGAAAUCCCGUCGACAUGGAGCUGCCUGAAGCGUUCGUGAAAGUUCUGCUGGGGUGGCCUUCCAUGCAUUUCUUGGUUGCUGUCUUCUGUCUACUUGCAGUGGUCUUUAAACUGACAACGUUGCUCGUCCAAAGAAAGGAAGUGCUUCGAAACGCUGAAGCUUUUCCAGGACCACCUGCCCACUGGCUGUUUGGACAUGUUUGGGAGUUCAAACAAGAUGGGACAGACAUGUACAAGUUAGUAAAAUGGGGACAGCAGUAUCCUUACGCUUUCUCAAUGUGGUUUGGACCCUCUGUUUGUGUAGUCAACAUUCACCAUCCAGAUUAUUCCAAAGCCAUCCUGGCAUCAACAGAGCCAAAAGAUGAUCUGGGAUAUGGUUUUCUUAACCCUUGGAUUGGAGAUGGGUUAUUAGUGUCAAAAGGUCAGAAGUGGUUUCGCCAUAGAAGACUUUUGACUCCAGGUUUCCAUUAUGAUGUUUUGAAACCAUACCUUAAACUGAUGGCAGAAUCUGCUGAAACUAUGCUGGACAAAUGGGAGAGUUAUGCAAACAGCAAUGAGGUUUUCGAAUUGUUUGAGCACGUCAGUCUUAUGACACUGGACAGCAUAUUGAAGUGUGCCUUCAGCUGCAACAGCAACUGUCAGGCAGAAGGUGGAACAAAUGCAUACAUCAAAGCAGUUUAUGAGCUCACUCAUCUGAUAAACCUGCGAGUCAGGACGUUUCCAUACCAUAGUAAUCUCAUCUUCUACCUCAGCCCACAUGGUUACAGAUACAGGAAAGCACUGAAGGUGGCGCACAGUCAUACAGAGGAAAUUAUAAGAAAGAGGAAAGAAGCACUAAAAGAAGAAAAGGAGCUAAACCGCUUACAGGCUAAGAGAAACUUGGACUUUCUGGACAUCCUUCUCCUUGCAAGAGAUGACAAUCAGCAGGGUCUGUCAGAUGAGGAUAUCCGUGCAGAAGUGGAUACUUUCAUGUUUGAGGGUCAUGACACCACAGCCAGCGGCAUCUCUUUCAUCCUCUAUUGCCUUGCCCGCAACCCAGAACACCAGAAUAUUUGCAGGGAUGAGAUUAACGAUGUACUGGACGGCAAAGACACAAUGGAGUGGGAGGAUCUCAGUAAAAUUCCAUACACUACAAUGUGCAUAAAAGAAUGCCUUCGCCUCUACCCUCCUGUACCAGCAAUGUCUAGAAAAACCACCAAACCUAUAACUUUCUUUGAUGGAAGGACUCUUCCAGCAGGCUCCCGUGUUGGAACAAGUGUGUUUGCGAUGCACAGAAAUGCAGCUGUCUGGGAAAACCCUAAUGUCUUUGACCCGUUGCGAUUCCUACCAGAGAAUGUUUCCAAAAGGUCCCCUCAUGCAUUUGUCCCCUUCUCAGCUGGUCCAAGAAAUUGCAUUGGUCAGAACUUUGCUAUGAAUGAGAUGAAAGUGGUGACGGCCCUGACACUGAAGCGGUACCAGCUGAUAGAGGAGCCCAAUUGGAAACCCAAGUUGAUUCCCAGGCUGGUUCUUCGCUCGCUCAAUGGCAUUCACAUCAGGAUCAAACCCGUAAACACCCAGGGGUAAAUGGAAAUAACCACAGGGAAAAUAUUGUGUAACUGUGUCUCAUUCUGACACACUGGUUUUAUUGGUACCUCUUUGCACCUAAUGAAUUUUGAUCAAAUAGGAAAAGUUUGAAAGCUCCAUUCAUUGUUUUUUGUUGUAAAAUGAUUUAAUGUAACAAGAUUGAAUGUAAUAAGAUGUUUCUCGUAAAGAAACAUUUUAGCUUUGGUAGAAGCAAUUAUGACUUCAUACUGAAACAUACUGACAUUCUCCACUUUUCUUUCCAAGGUUUGACUCAAUAUUUUACACUGCUGUUUUUCUUUUAGCAGUUGGUGUCUCUCCGUGUAUUUUAGUUGUGGUUGCUGGUUUACUUAACACCAAGUAAAACAAACAUGUUGUAUAACUGAGCUGAUACACAUUGACCAAUGUUCUUUUCUGUUUUCCUCAUCCAAUGGUUUUAUUUUAUUUUCAACCGAAGUUAAACUUUACCUUAGUUUACUGGCAUCAUGUGAAGCUUCACAUUUGACCUGUAAGAAAAGUCAUUAGUAUGUCUUACAUCAACUCUUUCGUCCUGGUUCCAAAGUACUUUGAGAUAUCAGUCUUAGGGAUUAGAGGAAUACAGCAGGCUCUAAAUCACCAAGAUCAUAUUUGUUCUCAGCCUGGGCUAUUUAACAUAUUGCUGUCAAAGCAAGUGUUAUGCAACAUUAUUUAAGGAUUUUACAGUGAGUGCAAUGACAGGUCUGAUGGAUUUACUGUCCUCACUGUGACUCUGGAUCAAAUACAGGGUUUGUCGUGAUGGGUUUAAAACUAAUGGUUGCCGCUUUAUUAUAAACAUAACUGUAAUAUAGGUCCUAAAAUUACCAAAUAGUAAAAGAAUUGUUAUUUUUGAGGUAGAGAGUUAAAAGGGCAUAUAGUAGGCUCAGAAGCAACGCCAUUUGUUCUUGAGAUGCAACAUAAUCCUCAACUGGUUGUGGUAAAAGGUGGAAAGAUUAUUUUACAUUUUGCAGAAAAGACUAAAAAGUAAGUUGUGAAGGACUAAACGAGGGCUGCUUCUGAUUUAAGUCAGUAGACACUACAGAGUAAAAACAAAAUGUUGGUUUGUGUUGUUUGUUAACACAGAUUAAAUAUGUGUUGCGUAAACCAGGCCUUAGACCUCUUUGAUUAUCUAUUCUGAGUAGUAAGAGGUGCUGGUGGUCCUAGGUGACUAAGACAGAGCUCUGUUUAAGUCACUAGUGCUAGUUAAAAAUAUAUCCUUAAAAUCAAAUGACACCUUAAACUUUUUGGAAAGCUGCCCUUUGUGGAAAACCUCUGUGCUGUCCACAUUUCAAAGAGAGAAGCAUCGAACACUGAACUAGUGUGUGUUCAUGGAACCUUAAAAACUGGACCACCAGCCACUGCAAACUCUGUUCUCUUUAGUUUUUGUUGUUGUUUAUAAUACUGUGUGCAGUCAUGGUUCCCGUGCCUUAAGUGGGUCCAGGAAUAUAUUAUCAACUAGUACUGUUGCUUGUGAAAGAUGUUAGCAUGCUACGUGACUAUUACAACACUCUAAAUGCAAAACAUUCUUUUUUUUUUUACUAAUCUUUUACUUGAAAUAAAGUUGGUACUUGUUAAA